CCAGCGCACGCCUUCCUUCCUACCUUCUACCCGCCGCGGUUCCGCAGGUCUUCAACUUCCUCGCCUCCUUGCGCGAUCUGCUUCACGUUUCCCCUCACCGCUCCAUUCGCGCUGCACGUUUGCACGGCGAGCAGGCAUGGCCGCAAUGGCGAGGAGCACGCGGUCGGUGGCGACGGAGCGCGCGUACCACCAUUUCGCGCCGGCGUCGACGCGCGGCCUCAUGGGGUACCCGGCCACGGCAGGCGGCCCCGUCACGGCCGACGAGUUCGAGGAGUCAGACGUCUGGGGGUCGUUCAACCCGGGAGAGGAGGCCGAACAAUCGGCAAGGUCGGGUGCCGAGCUACCCCGGGUCCGUGCAGUCCCGGUUGCCCGUCCCGGGAGGAAGACGAAGCCGGUGGACAGGGCCGGCGGGGGCGGCGCCGCGCACGGGUCGCUGCCCGUGGCCAUACCGGACUGGUCCAAGAUCCUUGGGGGCGAGUACCAGGGGCACCAGGCCGGGGACUGGGAGCUGGACGACGCGGACGACGAGGACGUCGAGGGCGCCCCGGUGGUGCCGCCGCACGAGCUGGCGUGGCGGCGCCGUGCCGCAUCGCUGUCGGUGAACGAUGGGAUGGGGGUCGGCAGGAUGCUCAAGGUCCGGGACGCGGUCUGGAAGAAGACGGGGUUCCAGGCCUGACGCGCUCUCGGGCCGGCGUCGUCGCCCGCCACUACUAGCUGUUUUCUUUUGACAGAUCGAAUCGGAUAAAGCUAGCUGCUACUCCCACAAGUUGGGCCAUCUAUUUUAGAAUGGAGGGAGUAGCUCGUAGAAGUUGUGGUUAUUUUGACAGAGCUUUGGCCUCCGGGGUAGAGAGAGGAGUGGAUGCUGAGGAGUGAUCAUUGUUCUUCGAUUGUUCGUUCCUGCUGUGCAGUGUUUUCCGGAGAGAACGCGGAACGUUUUCUGAUCCUGCGCAA